AGUUGAUACUAAACCACAAAGCAGUAAUUCUCCCUUCGAGAAAAAAAAACAACAAUAAUAAUUAAAAGAAAAAAUGAAAUUAUUUGAUUCUAACAAGUAAACAGCCUUCAAAAAGAGUUGAUUAUUGUGGCUUGAAACGCUCCGUUUUAUCCAACUAAAAGGCACAAAGAUCACCCGCCUUCUCCACUCCACACGUCACAGUUGGACAUAGUAUCACCAUAGCUAGCAGCUAAGCUUAAUUCGAAGCUGAAGCUAUGGCGUAAAAGUUGAAACCCACAUACAAGAACAAGCAACGUCACUGUUUUGGCACAUUUUCUUUCAAACUAAUCAUGCCACUCUCUUAUUCUUUCGUAUCUUUCUCUCAUCUUUCAGUCCCUCUCAUCAAGCCCGCCACAAUUCUCACUUCAAAGCCUCAUUUCAUCUCAAUCAAAUCAUCACUGGACAACAAAACACCAAAACCCAAUUCCAAUAAUACAAAACCCAGUUCUUGGGUAAGCCCAGAUUGGCUAACUUCACUCACUAAAACCCUCACAUUAAACCAAAAACAUGAUGACUCUGGUAUUCCUAUCGCUAGUGCUAAGCUUGAGGAUGUGUCUGAUCUUUUGGGUGGUGCUUUGUUUCUUCCUUUGUUUAAAUGGAUGAAUGAGUAUGGUCCUAUCUAUAGGCUUGCUGCUGGUCCUAGAAAUUUUGUUGUUGUUAGUGACCCUGCUAUUGCUAAACAUGUGCUUAGAAAUUAUGGUGAUGGAAAAUAUGCUAAAGGUCUUGUUGCUGAAGUUUCUGAGUUUUUGUUUGGGUCUGGUUUUGCUAUUGCUGAGGGAUCCCUGUGGACGGCAAGGCGCAGGGCUGUUGUUCCAUCUCUUCAUAAGAAGUAUCUGUCAGUUAUAGUUGAUAGAGUAUUUUGCAAGUGUGCUCAGAGAUUAGUGGAGAAGCUUCAACCUGAUGUGCUUAAUGGCACUGCAGUAAAUAUGGAAGAAAAAUUCUCUCAAUUAACUCUUGAUGUUAUUGGUCUUUCAGUAUUUAACUACAAUUUUGAUUCCCUCACCACUGAUAGCCCUGUUAUUGGUGCUGUUUAUACUGCAUUGAAAGAGGCAGAGGCUCGUUCUACAGAUCUUUUGCCAUAUUGGAAGGUCAAAGCUUUACGUAAGAUAAUUCCUAGACAAAUAAAAGCUGAAAAAGCAGUUACAGUAAUAAGGCAAACAGUCGAAGAACUUAUUGUAAAAUGCAAAGAGAUUGUGGACACUGAGGAUGAAAGAAUAGAUGAUGAGGAAUAUGUAAAUGACACUGAUCCAAGCAUCCUUCGCUUCUUGCUUGCCAGCAGGGAAGAGGUUUCAAGCGUACAAUUACGUGAUGACCUGUUAUCGAUGUUAGUUGCUGGCCAUGAGACAACUGGUUCGGUGUUGACUUGGACAUUGUAUCUUCUGAGUAAGGAUCCUGUCUCACUACUGAAGGCACAAGAAGAGGUUGACCGUGUAUUACAAGGAAAGCCUCCAUCAUAUGAAGAUAUAAAGGAUCUGAAGUUUCUGACACGCUGCAUAAAUGAGUCACUGCGUCUAUAUCCACAUCCUCCUGUCUUGUUGAGAAGAGCUCAGGUUGCUGAUGUACUCCCAGGAAAUUACAAGGUUAAUGCUGGUCAAGACAUAAUGAUUUCUGUAUACAAUAUCCAUCAUUCCUCGAAGGUCUGGGAUAGAGCAGAAGAGUUUGUGCCAGAAAGAUUUGACUUGGAAGGCCCAGUGCCUAAUGAAACAAAUACAGAUUUCAGGUUUAUUCCUUUUAGUGGAGGACCCCGUAAAUGUGUUGGUGAUCAAUUUGCUUUACUCGAAGCCAUUGUUGCCCUCGCGAUCUUUCUACAGAAUAUGAACUUUGAACUGGUUCCUGAUCAAAAGAUUAGCAUGACUACUGGGGCAACAAUACAUACAACAAAUGGCUUGUACAUGAAACUCGGCAAAAGGAAAAAAAUCCAGGCAUUUGCUUUGUCUUCUGCAAGCUCAACCUUCUGCCUACGUAUAAGGAUUUGCAUCGGUAGAGGGAACUCCAUUUGAGUGAGUCGAUGUUCAUACUGUAUGUAACAUGGAAACUGAAGCAAAGUCUAAUCGAAAACAAAAAGAAAUUUCUAUUUACUGUAUAUAUUAUUAUAGAUGGGAGUAAGAAAUUUGAUGGAGGGAGACCGAAUAAAGAAAAAGAAACUACAAGGAAAAAGAAAAAUGGAAAUUAUGGAGAAAAUAUUUGUAAUGAAUGCAGUGCAUGAUUCAUUCU